AUAAAGGCCUUGUGGAAAAAAAUACUAGACACUGAAAGCCCAACCCUCUCCUCCUCUCAUCUCUUCUUCCUCCAGUCCCCCGAUCUCCGCAGCAGUCGCGAGGGUUUAGAGCUCGUAGGGUUCAAGCCUUGCGUUGUGCACUGUGCUGUGGUGCCAGGUAAGUUGUGGACUUGGCGGGUCUGGUCGCGUGCAGUGCGCCGUCCCACUCCCAUGGCGGCGCCGUGGUGGGCGGCGGCGCUGGUGACGCUGGGCGUCGUGGGGUUGGCGGCGGGUCCCCGGGGUUGCGCCGCGCAGCCGGUGGUGCUGACCAGCUACGGCCAGCCCAAGCUCUCGCUCAGGCCCUACGACUGGACCUACCUCCGCGGUGAGAGAUCGAGUCGCUGCUGCUGCCUGCUUGGGUUUAAGUUAUUUAAACCAAACCAGUAGUAUAUUUACUGUAUUAAAAUAGUGUGACCGAUCUGUGUCGCGGCCUCUCUUCUUCGUUUUAUCUUCUCCGGAGAUUAAAUGCUCGUUUGAUACCAGAUUCUAUGUGGUUUACCAUUUCCUCGCGCCCCGAUCCUUGGGCUGGGAGAAUUUUCAUUUGCCACCACAUGUUGUGGAUUCUUUCUGAACGUGCCCCGUGUUUGGGUUACUUGAAUUUCGAAAUCCAAUGCCUAUGCCUCUGGUUUUACUUUGCCUGCUCCACUGAGUGUUUGCUUGUUAAAUAUGUAUUUCUUUCCCAUUGAGGAACAAUUGACGCAUAUAAUUUGUAUUUGUUUUGACUCAUGUAUCUAGUAACUAUGCCUGAAUUUGUCCCACGUGGUUUGAGUUUUUUUAUCUUUGCUUUCCUUACUAGCAGUUGACUUGCCGGCAUCAUUUUCUUCUAUCACCAUGAACUUUGCAACCGACAGAGAUAUUCCCAGGGAGCACUUAAAAGAUCUUCCGAAAAGUGAUCUUGCUAUCAUCUGUUUGAUGAUUGCCAACCCUCCUAUUCCUGAUACAUCUGAUUAUUAUUUGGACAAUUUAUGAAGGUUCUUUAUUGCAGUAUCAAACUUUCUUGCUGUUGGAUCUUUUGGCAAUACGAAUAACCAAUCAAAUCUGGCUCAGUGCAUACCAUUUCAGAAGAACACAACGAUAGUGUUAACAAAUGGCCAGAUAUUGCCAGGGAUUUGGUACAUUGGUUACUUUAAUGGCCUUGGACCUGCUCGCACACAAUCAAAGAUGAUUAGCCGAGGGAGAGCACUAUCAGUGAGCACUAGCAUUACGGUAGAAGGAUGUCCUACUUCAGCACUAUGGGGACCCUACUGCAACCAAACUAUUGAAACUAUUGGUUGUUCUCAGUUUUCAAGAUAUAACAACUCAAGAGAUCUUCUAGGUCUGACUAUCAACACCCGGAAAAUAUUGAAAACUAAAGAAAAUACUAGACGUACCAGCUUCUUAUCAAGGUCGAACCAUCCAAUAGGACAUCAACUCGAGUCCAAUGGUACUAGCGUAGUGGGAGUGGAGAAUUUGAUCACUUGUGCCAUUUCAAAUGACUCACUAUGCCUCAGGCAAGGCGAUAUAAAGUUUUACUUCUUGGAUAUAGUCAACCAAGCACUGCAAUUUGAAAUUACAGCUGCAAAUUUUAGAUUAUCCCAAAGUGCAUCCUUAAUCUGUUAUCUGCGCUGCAAUGCCUUACCUCAGAGAGAUUUGCACGAUUAUUCAGGUGAUAUUAGCAGUGCUCCCUUGGUUAUAAAGCUGCCAAAUAUUGGACGAUGGUAUAUCGCAAUUGAGAUUCUGAACAAAACACAGAUGAGAAAUACAACCGCACCUAUGCUGGAUACAAUUUGUUUCUCAUUUGAUUGGCAAGUAACUGGAUGUCUGAAUGGAAAAACUGGAACCGACUGCUCAUGGGAAGCAUAUGUGCUACAGAGAGUUCCUAAAAGAAAUCCUUCUGUUCCUUUUGAGUCAUAUUAUGUUCCUACUGAUGAGGGGGCAUUGCUGGAAUAUAGUCACUUCUCGCUCGAAAAGUUCUUAACCAACUCAUCCUUUGAGCAAUUUGCAUGGACUUAUUUCUUUUUGGAUGUUCCCCAAGGUUCAGCAGGUGCACUUAUUCAUGUCCAGCUAAAGUCAGAUAAAGAAUUGAAUUAUGAGCUGUACUCAAAAUAUGGUGGUCUACCAUCAAAUGAUAGUUGGGAUUAUUACGCAAGCAGGACAAGCAGCAGUAACGGUUCAGUAUUCUAUUCGCUACAGAAUUCCACGGAUUCAGACAUGGAUCUAUCUAUUUUCUAUGCCAAGGAGGGAACUUGGUGCUUCGGAGUCAAGCAUCCAAAUUAUACUUCAAAUUCUCAGACAUAUAUGUCUAUAUCUCUUCAGGGAUGCCAUAGAAAUUGUAAUCAGAAAGGUGUUUGUCAUGCUUCAGUUGAUGAAAGCGGGUUAACAUUCUACAGCUUCUGCACUUGUGAUCGUGAUCAUGGUGGGUUCGAUUGCAGUGAUGAAUUAGUUUCACCUAAUGGGCACAUCAGGCAGUCUGUCUUUCUAAUCGCAUCAAAUGCUGCAGCAAUUUUACCUGCCUUCUGGGCCCUCCGGCAAAAGGCGUUUGCCGAAUGGAUUCUUUACACGUCUAGUGGAAUUUCUAGUGCUUUGUACCAUUCAUGUGAUGUGGGCACCUGGUGCAUACUAUCUUUUCGUGUAUUACAGUUUUUGGACUUCUGGCUUUCAUUCAUGGCUGUUGUUGGUACAUUCAUAUAUAUGGCUACAAUUAAAGAAGCUUCAAAGCGAGCAAUGCAUACUGCUGUGUUUAUUCUGACAGCUAUUUUAGCUGCAACUGGUGCCACCAGAUCUGCCAAUAUUGGUAUCGUCGUUGCUAUUGGUUCAUUUGGCCUGCUUAUUGGAUGGAUAUUGGAAUUCUCUACCGCACGAAGAUUUGUAUGCUGCUCGUGGCGAAUUAACCUCAAUGUGCCCCAUAGAUGGCCAAACCUCGCGGCUUUGUUCUGGAAUACUCUGGAGAUGCUGAACAAGCGGUUCCGUUGGCUGUAUUUACUUUUUGGUUUCAUCACAUUAUCUUUUGCAGCUUUAAGCUGGAAGCUAGAAUCAAAUAGUAGCUAUUGGAUUUGGCACAGUAUGUGGCACAUAACUAUCUACACAUCUUCAUUCUUCUUCUUAUGUUCAAUGCGUGUCAACACUACGAAUCAUAGUCCGGAGACAACCUAUGAGUUGACAAGGCAAGAUACCUUGCCAACGACAGAGUCAAGUCAGACCUAAGGAAUAUCGGGAGAACUGUACUCCAUACCUUCUGGUGGUAAACUAGAGAUCCAUGGACAAAGGUCUUAUCUUACUACAGCGAAGAGCUUGAUACCAGAUUCUUUCUGGCAGGAUAUGCAUGUGCAAGCCUCAUUAUACCGUAAAUUUGCACGUAUAUAUAUAUAUGGCUUCCUUGCAAUUUGGGAUGUAACGCACAGUUAUUUGAGGGAUAUUGGGACUACACAUGUAAAUUGGUUGUCACCUGCAUCACAUAAUAAUUGUAGAUAGCAUGGUGCAGGGAAAACAUUGAUUAGGAACUAGGCAGAUCACUCGAUUGGGUGUCACAGCUAGUCGGAUGAUAUAGGUGGAAAACAAGUAGGGAAGGUUACCCAGGUUCAUGCACUCUCGGUGGAUGUAAAACUCUACUUCAUGCUUGAUUGUAUUGAUAGAUGGGGUGUACAAAGUACAGGGAUGAUCUUGGGGUGUGUUUGAUUGGCGAACCAAAUGCAUUGUAAUGAAAUGGUUCCAUUCCAGUGGAACGGGUCAGUUUCAUUCUAGUGUUUGGUAGUAGGCAAAAAGUACAAUGGGUUGGUUUCGCUCCUGUAUUUGGUUAAAGAGUUGUAAUGAAAAGUAGAAAGCAUAAAAUUUGAAUUUU